UUCUCAUUUCCCUCAGCUCUUUUCCAAAAACUUUCAAAAAAAGUCGUAAUUUCGUGAUUUUUUUGAAAAAUAAACAAUCCUGUGUGUGCAGAAAAAUAAAAAUCCAAACUCGAAUGCUGUAUUUUUUUGCUCCACUCAAUUUUUUUUCCUGCUUAUGCACAAAACAAAAUGAAUAUGACUCGCAACCAGACUCUCCUCUUCUUUGAGAAACUCCCAAACUCCACAACCCAUUAACAUUUCGCAUUUUCUUUGCCCUUCUUUUAUUAUCAAAGAUUCAAUUUUUAUAGCAUUGGAGACUUAUUAUUCUGCUAGGUGUGUGCGCGAGAAAUGAGAAAUUGCCCGAGGUUCUGAAGUGGGAUAUUGAACUUCUGGGAAAAAAGCUUUCUACUUUUUGCUAGUGAUGAUGUCGCUGACAUGUAGUAAUCUUGAGUUUGGUAGAACAAGAUGGGAUUUUGCGGCGUGCGGCUGCUCUUCCAAUGCCUCUACCAAUCGUGUAACCGCGAGAAAUUGCGGAAAGGGGGUGCUCCAGAAUGUGAAUAGGCGUGGCGGAGCUCGCAGAUUGAGGUGUUGCCGGCGCGACGCCGGCCGCUGCCGCGUCUUCUCCACGAAGACUCCAGAAGCUUUUCUCAAUGGGGUUGCUGCUGGGCCUCCUCCAGUUCUGGACUUGGCUGAAGAGGAAAAGGGCCUUCCUUCUAUGUCCAAUAUGUUUGAAGUGGUUGCUGAAGAUUUACUAACAUUGAAUAAGAAUCUGCAGUCGAUUGUUGGUUCAGAAAACCCUGUUUUGAUGUCUGCUGCUGAGCAAAUCUUCGAAGCUGGUGGGAAAAGGAUGCGACCAGCUUUAGUUUUUCUGGUUUCACGAGCCACUGCAGAAAUUGCUGGUUUGAAAGAUCUCACCAAAGAACAUAGAAGGUUGGCUGAGAUCAUUGAGAUGAUCCACACUGCAAGUCUGAUUCAUGAUGAUGUAAUAGAUGAAAGCGACAUGCGGAGAGGAAAGGAAACCGUCCACCAAUUAUACGGCACAAGAGUGGCUGUUCUUGCUGGGGAUUUCAUGUUUGCUCAAUCAUCGUGGUACCUGGCAAAUCUGGAAAAUCUUGAAGUUAUCAAGCUUAUAAGCCAGGUGCGUGAUACCUUCGCUCCUGACCUCUUGCCGAUCAUAAAUAAAGUGGACAGUAAGGAAUAUAAACCUUUUUUUUUUGUUAAGAGCAAAUUACUGAGUGCAUUGGUGUUGCAGGUGAUUAAAGAUUUUGCUAGCGGUGAAAUAAAACAGGCAUCAAGUUUGUUCGACUGUGAUGUUCACCUUGACGAAUAUCUAAUCAAGAGCUACUACAAAACAGCCUCCUUGAUUGCUGCUAGCACCAAGGGAUCGGCCAUUUUCAGUGGGGUCGACAAUGGCAUCAGUGAGAAGAUGUAUCAGUACGGUAAGAAUUUGGGCCUCUCAUUCCAAGUUGUUGAUGACAUAUUGGAUUUCACUCAGUCAGCAGAGCAGCUGGGAAAACCGGCUGGGAGCGACCUAGCAAAGGGAAACCUAACUGCUCCGGUCAUAUUUGCACUUGAGAAAGAGUCAAAACUGAGGGAUAUCAUUGACACGGAAUUCUGUGAGACGGGUUCUCUUGAGGAGGCCAUUGAGAUUGUCAAGAACAGCGGGGGGAUUGAUAGGGCUCGAGAGCUGGCAAGAGGAAUGGCUGAUCUAGCCAUUGAGAAUCUUCACUGCUUGCCUCCGAGUCCCUUUAGGCUAUCGCUGGAACAGUUGGUGAACUAUAAUUUGGAACGGAUAAAAUGAAGACGUGUGUGUUCUUCAGGCAUGCAGCAGCAUGCCGUAUACUUGAUUCUUGAUCGACACAGAAUGUGGUUCUGCAUGAAAGCAGCCAUCAGAAAGCAGGUUUCUGUUGUAUAUUUAUAGGUAAUCUUGAACAAUAUUGGUGUAGCUAUUGUUGCAAUUAUAUCAUUAUUGUGGUCAUUUUCGGACAAUGGCCGAUAGGAGAGUAUCAACUUUGAUUCUUGAUGUAUACAUUUGUUCUUCAUCAAAUGGGUAACUAAUAAUAAUAAUAUUAAGUA